GCGCGGGGGGCCACAGGCUCCCGGGCUGGCGGCAGCUAAAGUGGCUUUUGGGUGUCCGCAGGCUUCUGCCUGGCCGCCGCCGCCUAUAAGCUACCAGGGGGAGCUUUACGACUUCCCGGCCUGCGGGAAGUGGCGGGCACGAUCGCAAGGUAGCGCAGAAGCUUCUCAAUGGCCAGCGCCAGCUGCAGCCCCGGCGGCGCACUCGCCUCACCUGAGCCUGGGAGGAAAAUUCUUCCAAGGAUGAUCUCCCACUCAGAGCUGAGGAAGCUUUUCUACUCAGCAGAUGCUGUGUGUUUUGAUGUUGACAGCACGGUCAUCAGUGAAGAAGGAAUCGGCAUUUGUCUUGGUUAUAAGAGGGCAGGGACCACAUCUUACUCUCCAGAAGCCCCGACAUUGUCCAGCUGAAUGGGUCCCCAGCAGUGGUGCAUGUACUGAUGCAGGAGAGUGCAGUGAGGGAUAGGAGGAAGCCAGGAGGCGAAGACGGGAGGAGGAUGCUUUCAUUGGAUUUGGAGGAAAUGUGAUCAGGCAACAAGUCAAGGAUAACACCAAAUGGUAUAUCACUGAUUUUGUAGAGCUGCUGGGAGAACCAGAAGAAUGACAUCCAUUGUCAUACGGCUCCAAACAACUUCAGAUGAAUUUUUACAAGUUACACAGAUUGAUACUGUUUGCUUACAAUUGCCUAUUACAACUUGAUAUAGAAAGUUGGUACAGAUGAUCUGCACUGUCAAGUAAACUACAGUUAGGACUCCUCAAA